AUGGAUAAGCCUCACAUCUGCAAGAUCUGCAACAAGCGAUUCAAAGGUGGCAAGGCCAUGGGCGGACACAUGAGAUCUCAUCUCGCCAAGCUUCCUAUCCCUCCCAAACAGCCCCCACCUCCUCCUCCGCCGCCAGCGACUCCUUCUCCGCCGCAGCGGCUCGCUCACUCUCCGGAGUUUUCAUCCUCCUCGAGUCAUUAUAUCCACAACAAUAACAACAACAUCCUCCGAAUCCGAAACAUCAACAGCAGCGUCAUGCAGAUGAUGAUGGUGCAGUCUCCUCCUCCGGCUCCGGCGACGGUUCCGGCUUCGUAUCUGAAGUACCGGGAAGUUGUUGAUGUUACUACUGCUGCGGCUCCUCCGUCGUCGAUGGACAGCGACAGCACGGAGUCGAUGUCAAAGAAGCCGACAAGGAGAAGAUCCAAACGACGUCGUAAGAUGGUUGUGAGAGUUGUGCCGCCGCCAGAGUGCGACACUUGCAAGAAAGCGUUCCAAUCCUACCAAGCGCUCGGCGGCCACCGCGCCAGCCACAAGAGAAUCCGCCACCAAGUCUUUGAAGAGGAAGAGGAUGACGUGGACGCCGCCGAUGAUGAUGAGGAGUCUGAGGAGGAGGUUGUAGAAGUAGGAGGAGGUGGAAACAAUGGCAGAGGUGGUGGUAAUGGUGGUGGAGGAAGUGGUGGUGUGCGAGGGUAUAACGGUCAUUCUGGAGUUGUGGAGCAUCCUCCUCCCAGGGUGUUUGAAUGUCCAUUUUGUUUCAAGCUGUUUGAUUCUGGCCAAGCACUUGGUGGGCACAAGAAGGUGCACUAUUAUAAUAAUACUAAUACUAGUUACUAUAAUACCAACAACAAUGUCAGCAGCAACAAAUUCCCUGCUGCUAGUACUAGUAACACCAACACCAACACUGCUGCUAGGGCCUCUUCCUCCUCUGCAAAUGUAUCUUCUGCAAACUAUGGAGACAACAAUUUGGUGAUUGAUCUCAAUCUCCCAGCACCAGAAGAAGAGCUGGAGUUUUCGACGGUUUCGGAUUAG